AAUCACUCGCAGUCGGAUCAAUCAACUUGAUCUGACACUCGACCAUAUUUUACUUAAAUCUCAUCAUGGUCCGUCGUGGUGCUUUCAGAGUGCCUCAAGAACAGGUUACCCUGAAGCGUAAAAGACCUUCGUCCAAAGUCAUACUUCCCGUACACGUUCGAAUCAAGACAGAAGAUGAAGACAAUCUUGAGACGCUUGAUAGAUCCUCCUCUCAGAAUGAAAGCUCGCUCGUCACGCUGCUUACUGACAGAAAUGCACACCCGCGUGUCUCCGACCUUGUGCGCAGUUAUCUUGACAUCACAGACAUUGUCGCACUGACUCGAGUCUGUCAAUCUUUGUCCAGCCUGUACACUGACUCACUUCCCCAUGAUUGGAAUAUUAACAGUCGUCUGGCUCGCUUUGUUUCGGAUCCAAACGCUUUUCGCCGCCUUCUUGGUAACAACCGAGCCUUGAUCGUGGGAAGUAUAAUUGUGCAGUUCUUUGACCGCCUUCGCUGGGAUGACUCGAGUCUCGACAUACUGGUUCAAGAAGGUACAAAGGCAGGGGCUCUCAAGACUCAUCCUCGCCGUCAGGGUUAUCAAGGUCAAGCUACUCGAAUUGUUUAUGCGGAAGAACUCGAAUAUAAGAUUACACCUUGGUUGAGUGCAGGAGGGCAACCGCAAAGCAGACUGAAGCGAAAGAUGAAGGAUGAAGUUAGGGAGGAGUCAGAAGGCGAACGUGACGAGGUCAUCAAGCAAGAGGGAGAGGAUGAGUGAGACGAGUGCGACGAAUAUUGCCUCUGCUUACAAGAUUGAGAUAUCUUGGUGCUCUGAAGAAGUCUCCUCGAUUUUCUUCCUCGGUACUUCUGUCGCUGCAAGUAGUUAUCAUAACCGCAAAGCGCUCAGAGGCGAACGUCCAGACGAUUCAACUCGUGUGUCAUGUCUUCUCGAACUACCUCUCAGAUCAAAGAGCGCCAUGAUCAGCCAAGAAGAUACUGCUACAAGAACGAAUGACGAAAGCCACCAUGAUGUACCUCAUUUGCUUCAUUCCGGCAUCCACUUGAUCCAAGAACCAGCCCAGUUUUCAUGCCCCAUUGCUUCCUUGUCAAAACUUCCAAUAGCUUACUAAAAGCAAAAUAGCUCCAAUAU